AUGUGUGAUCAAACAGAAGUAUCUUAUUUGGAUGAAGAUGUUGUUUGGGUUAAAAUAGGGCCCAUUUGGUGGCCAGGGGUAGUGAAGGAUUUGGAUAAAAAUGAAGAAGGAAAAGAAAUUUUGGCUGGUUUGAAAAAAAAACCAAUUGCUGUAGUUAAAUUUUUUCAAGAAGAAAAUUAUGAAUUUGUUAAGAAUUUGGACUGCAUUUAUCAUUAUAAUUGCAGAAGAAAAGAUGAAUUUAUAAGAAAAGGUUUAGGUAAAUUUCGUUCUGGUGCACCUCAUAUGAAAAAAUUUCCAUCUGAUGUCACUACAGCUGAAAGCCUUACAAAGGGAGAUAUUAACAUAAUAAACGAUCCUAAAUUUGUUCCUGAGAAGAAAGAAAGUUACAGUGAAAUUUUUGGGAGUGGGAAAAAGAAAAAUAAAAAAGAUAACGAAUUAAGUUCAUGGUCAAGAUCGAGAACUUCAAUCGAUGUUACUCCUUUUCGACCGAUAACUCAUCAGCGGUUUAUUAAUAAAGUUUUACAUGGCCAAAGUGAUCAUAAAUCGAAAACUCUAAUUCAGUCGAGUGCAGCAUCUGAAGAUAAUACCCCAGAGAAUCCAUAUAAAUGCCAUAUUUGUAAAUUUGCAAGCUCUAGAGUUAAUGUCAUUGUUGCUCAUCAUCGUUUAUAUCACAGCAGUAAAAAUUCAGUAAAUUGGACAGAUUCAGAUAGUAAAUUAAUCAGAAAGAAACCUAUAUAUAAAUCCCGUAAAAUUAAAAGCAAAAAAUUGUUUGACACAUCGAAUGAUGAGUUUACCGAAGAAGAAAUCUCCGAUAAUAAAAAACCGUUUAAAAGUAAAAAUGUUAAAGACAAAACAAAAACUCCGGAAAAAACAAAAGGUUCGACAUCUCCUUCUAAAAGAAAAGUCAAGGAUGAUUCUACGACGGAUGCACUUCAUUCGAAAAAGCCAAGAUUUACUGACGUACUUCUUGCAGAUUGGAACGAAGAUGAAGAAAACGAUAAAAAAGAUACAGAAAGUGAUAAAAGCUUGCAAAAUUCAGAAUCGAAUAUUGAAAAAUCUGACGAAACAAAGGAGGAAAAAAAUGAAGAUGCUUCUCCCUCUGCAGAUUCUGCAGAAUUAGGGGAUACGUUAUCGCCAGAAAAAAAUCAGACUGAAAAAAUGUCAUGUUUUGAUUUUGAUGAAGAGGAAGAUGGAUUUAUUGGAAUGAGUAACGCUAACACUUAUGGGAGAAAAAUACCGCGGGUUAUUCCCCUGAAAGAUAAAACAGAGUUAGGAGUAGAUUUGGAAAUAGAGGAACUAUUCAAAAAAAAAAAUGAAUCGGAAUUGAAUAUGACGACAAGUACUGUUGAUGAAGAAAGUAAGAGCGGCGAAAAAGAUGAUGACGAUCCAGAUUUUCUUGUUGACGAUAAAAAAAAAAGUGAAAAUGAAGAAAAUCCGGUAAGCGUUGGUAUUACAAAGCGAAGAAAAAGUAAAACUAAGCAAGAAAAAGAAGAAGCCAAAACGGUAGUAAAUCCUGAAGAUAGUUUAGCUUUGAGACGGGCUAGAAGGCCGGGAGCCAAAAAAUCUUACUUGAAUGAAACCAUGGACAGUGAAAAGGAAGAAAUGAUUUAUUCCGAUAUGACUAAUAAUGAUCAAAAAAUUAAAACUGGUAGUGGUGCAGAAAAAAAAAAAGAAAAAUCGUCUAAUUCUCGUCAAGGAAAUUCGGACGACAUAUCGGAUCAAAUUGAUACUCUACUAGAAGAGACAAAAUUACCCAAUCUUCCUACAAUUUCAGAUUCUUCUAAUAAAUCAGUUGAAAAACCUGAAGAAAACAAUUCUGACCCUGCAAAUUUUUCAUUUGAUUUUGCACAAAAUGAACCAGGGGCAAAAAAAAAUAUUAAAUCUAGUAAAGAAGUAAAGUCUAUCAGUAGAAUGUUUUCGGAGAGUAUUCCUAACACCGAACUUAGUGCACAGGAUGAUUCGCAGAGCGACGCUCAAUUGGAUUCUACAUUAGAAGAAACAACAAAAGAUACGUUAUCGUUUGAACCAAUCAAAAAUAAAACUGUUCAAAUCGGAAACAUAAAAUUAUCGCAAAGCGGCAAUUUUGUAUCCAAAAAAGGAUCCAUAGUUUUGAGUACCUUGCCUAAAACAACUGAAUCUUCUGUAAAAGUAAUGCCUGUUAUAAGGCAAACUAGCACGUCCAAAGAUUGCAUUGUGUUACCUCAUGGGAAAAAAUUGGAGGUAAAAGAUGAUGAUCAGUCAUCGGAUUUAGAAAGAUCUCAAAGAUUGAAAAAUAUAAAAACCCUCAAAGUUAAACCGGAUUCGAUUCCUCAGUCUUUACUUACCACCGGAAAACUAAAAGGUCAAACGAUUAUUCAUCAGAAAAGUGGAAAAUAUGUUAUAGUUACCCAACCGCCUCAAUCAGGACGUCCGAGAAUCACUCCAGGAAAAGUCCAGCCGGGAAGUAAAGUUGUUAUUCUUACGAAUCAGUUAGGUGAACAAAAAAUUAUAACUACCAGUGGAUUACAGCAAAGUAAAUUUAAAGUGGACGGUCAAAAAAUCAUAACAGCCUCCGACUCCGCUCUCGAUAAAGAUGCUAUUUCUUCUGCGACUGUUGCGACUACACAGUCGCAAGCCCAGUCUAUUAUAAAAAUGGUACCCGAUGGAAAAGGUGGCAUAAUGAAACAGUUAACAAUGUCUCCGAAAAAAGUUUUAUUGGGCGGUACCAAAGUUUUAGUUUCAGGAUCGGGAUCUACUUUCUCUUCGAGUAACGUUCAAAAAAUUGCGUUGUCCAGUGGUGGUGGUGGUAACAGAAGUGGAGGAGAUUUUCGAUUAAUAGAAAAUUAUAAAGGAAGUGGGAAAACCGUUUUGAUUCAAGGAAGCUCAUCUUCCGGCUCCGGUGUGGUUUUAAAAUCGUCUUCUGUUUUGCCUCGUCAGGUUACCAAGGUAAUUCAAAAUCCACAAGUUAUACCUGGCUUGAAGAAAAAACCCAAGAUAUUGAUGCGAGCGUCUUCGAGUCAGGGUGAUUGCGUACUUCAAUCUGCAUCAAAUGCAAUCGAAGCUCCCACAUAUGUACUUAAACAAAAGGGAGCAGAUGGAAAAUUUUCCACGCCUAAAAUUGUAAGAACUGAAAUUGUAAAUCAAGGGAAAGUGACUCCAACGACAAAAAAAUUUUUCCUCUCCGGUCAAGGCUCAAGCAAAAAAGGAGAAUCCUAUAUUAUUACCACCAACGAUGUACCGGGGAAAGUAAUAAGAAUGUGUCAAAAAGUAAAGGAGGUAGAGCCAACUCAAAAAAUCGUACAGAAAUCAUCCGAGGUUUAUACAAUAGCUCCAAACAGUGUUCUUUUGCCUUCGCAAGAUUCUUCAGAGACCGACGGUGCACAAAUCGUUCAAUUUCAAGAACAUUCAGAGCAACCUGUUUUGCAAACUCAAGUCAUUGCUAUGCCGGGACCAGUUGGAGCUGAUGGGAAUCAGACUUACAUGUUGGUGUCGGUGGAUGAAAAUGGUGUUGUUCAAGGCAUGGACAAUUCAGUUGUUACAUACGAUACCGCCGGACAGCAAGAGCCUUUAUUCGUGAAUCCGACAUCUACAAAUAACGUAAUACUUUUAAAUCCUCAAAGGAAUGAAGAUGUACCGCAGGUUUAUUCGACUUCGAGUCAAGACAUUUUAGCCGAAGCACUAGCAAAUACUAACGUUCUCGAAGGAACCAUGAGUAACGAAAUGGAUACCGUUGUACCUUCAAUCUUAUUACCACCUUCUAUUCCCUCGUCUGUGGUACAAGAAACGUCAAUAACGUUGCAAAAGCCAAUCAUGACUCCUUUGGAAAUGCCGUCAUCGGUCACACCCGAUACCUCCGGUUUGGAACCUCCACCACUACCACCAACACCUACCGACGAAGAUGUUUUAAUGGAAGAAACUGAAAUAUCGGCAGCCUCCGGGACGACACAAGAACAGCUGAUUCAAACUAACAAAAAGGGUAGUACUAAUGUAGAUUCCGAGGACACUAUUCAAGCUUACAUGGAAUCUGAGGAUUUGCAAGAAGUAAAUGAUAAUAAUUCCGAAUCGACGUUUUCGAAAGAAUUGGAAAAUUCAAAAAUUCUCGGCGAGGAGUUCGAAGAGGAAGACAAACCGGAUGGAAAUAAAACGGAAAAAAAGGACGGUGAAUUUUAUGAAACUGAUCGUCAGCAAGGCGUGGAAUCAGGAGAGUUAAAAGAAAUUUCAAAAGAAGAUUACAUAAUUGAAACUUCACAGGAUGAACAAAACACCAGCAACUUUCAAUCCAUGCCUUUGCUCAAUGACGAGCCGGACACGUCUGACGACGCACAAGGAUCCGAACCCAUCGGUGACCAACAGUUCGAAAUGCAAAAAUUAAAAUUCGAAUCAGAAAAUUUGUCCUCCGUCGGAAGAGAGCAAGAACCGCCGUCGUCGACGAAUAACGAAGUGAACAAUUCAAAAAAUCCCGUUUCCGAUUUCGAACAACACGAUUCGGAAAUAUUCAACACGGAAAGUUUCGAUAGCGAAAUAAAGAACAACAGCAAACAACCCGAAGACAAACUCUUCGAAUCCCAGACAAACAUAAUCGGAGAUGAAAAAGAUAAUCAAUCGAUGCCGAUUAUCGCGGAUGAAAGCAACAACAUCAACGCCGCCAUCAACUACGAUGUCGAUCCCUCGUACACGGAUGUCGUUUCGCAAAAGAGUUUUCAGGAAGAAACGGAAGUUACGUCGACGACGGACGAAUACGCUAGCAAAGGGAUCGCCAAUUAA